AUGGUGGCCCCGGCCUUGAACGGGGCAAAAUCGAUGGCCGGGCAACCAUCCAUAGGCUCCCAGCCUACUCGAUCUUCGAGCACCCACCCGUCGCAUUCACACAAUGUGCCCCUGAGCGCUCGCAGGUCGACACCGCUCGACUUGUCCACCGUUGAACGGCGCGGGCAAUUCAAUGGUCCCCGCGAGCCAUCCAAGCGCGUCCGGCCUCAUGGCAUCCCCGAGGCUCCGACUUUCCGCCCAACUGAGGAGGAAUUCAAGGAUCCGGUGGCAUACAUCCAAAAAAUUGCACCGGAGGGCAAGAAAUACGGAAUCUGCAGAAUUAUCCCGCCUGAAGGCUGGCAGCCAACGUUCGCGAUUGAUACAGAGCGAUUUCAUUUCAAAACCCGUCGACAAGAACUCAACUCGGUCGAAGGAGGUAACCGUGCCAACAUGAACUACAUCGAUGGGCUUGCCAUGUUUCAUAAGCAACACGGAACGAACUACAGUCGAUUACCUAGCGUAGACAAACGCCCUCUCGAUCUCUACAAGCUCAAAAAGGCUGUCGAGAUCAGAGGCGGUUUUGAGCAGGUUUGCAAGACUAAGAAGUGGGCCGAAAUUGGUCGUGAUCUCGGCUACAGCGGCAAGAUCAUGUCUUCGCUGUCGACCUCGCUCAAAAACUCCUACCAGCGUUACCUGCAGCCGUACGAGGAGUACCUGGCCCGGGCCAAGCCCGGAGUUCAACAGCAGCUUGAAAUGGAACACGGCGGCCCGUUUACUCCUUCGCCUCGUCCCUCACCUAUGGCCAAAAAGCCCACGGAGGAGAACGGAACCCCUUCGAAGAUCCUUGAUGAGACCCUGGCUAUCCGCAUGCCCCAGAACUCCAGCACCCCCAAUGAGCAGCCCUCGGAACCAACUCCACCCGUGGAACCCACCCCUCCUCCACGCCCAGCGCCGUCUGGUUUCACCCCAGUAAAUGCUGCAACUGGCUUUACCGCUGUGAAUCACUCUCCUGGCUUUGCGACAGUGAAUAAUGGCCCUGCGAUUAAGCGCGAGGGCGAGAACGGCGCUUCGACUCCGCAGAGUAUCGCUGAGCAGCAUCGGUCCACACCUGUGGCAAACGGCGAGGCUGGGAAUCCUUCCAAGCGCGCCAUCAGUCACGAUAGUGCCUCCCAGGCUGAAAAUGGCGAUGCUGAUGGCGGAAGUGGACGACGGAGUAAGCGUCUCAAGAAAGAUUCACUUCCCACCGUCGCGGGCUCGCACAUGUCCCUCCUUCGUCCUGCACCGCCCAAGGCCCGGAAGGACGGGAUCCAGAGAACCGGCGAGAAGUGCGAAUCAUGUGGAAAGUCAGAUGAUCCUGAUACAAUUCUUGUUUGCGAGAGCUGUGAGCUUGGUUAUCAUACUGCCUGCCUUGAUCCUUCCACUACCGCCGCUUCCGAAAAUGAUUGGCAUUGUCCAAAGUGCCUUGUUGGUACCGGCGAAUUUGGAUUCGAAGAUGGUGGCGUUUACUCGUUGAAGCAAUUCCAAGAGAAGGCCAAUGAAUUCAAGAAGCGUUACUUUGCUUCGAAAAUGCCUUUUGACCCUGUUCUUAACACGCAUCGCCGCGAGACCGAGGACGAUGUUGAAGCUGAAUUCUGGAAACUUGUGGUUGAUUUACAUGAAACUGUCGAAGUUGAGUACGGUGCGGACAUCCAUUCGACCACUCACGGCAGUGGAUUCCCCACUAUCGAGCGCAACCCGCUUGACCCAUAUUCGUCCGACCCUUGGAACUUGAAUGUGCUUCCUUUCUAUGGGGAUUCGCUCUUCCGUUAUAUCAAGUCUGAUAUCUCCGGUAUGACUGUGCCAUGGGUUUAUGUUGGAAUGUGCUUUUCGACUUUCUGUUGGCACAAUGAGGACCAUUAUGCAUACUCGGCCAAUUACCAACAUUUCGGCGCGACCAAGACCUGGUAUGGUAUUCCCGGUGCAGAUGCCGAGGCUUUCGAGUCGGCUAUGCGGGAGGCAGUUCCGGAGCUUUUCGAGGGGCAGCCAGAUCUUCUCUUCCAGCUGGUUACGCUAAUGCCGCCCGACAAGCUCCGCAAGGCUGGUGUUAAUGUCUAUGCUGUGGACCAGAGAGCUGGCCAGUUUGUUCUCACGUUCCCUCAGGCUUACCAUGCUGGCUUCAACCAUGGCUUCAACUUCAACGAGGCAGUCAACUUCGCACCCGCCGACUGGGAGCCUUGGGGUGCCGCGGGUGUGGAGCGUCUUCAGGCUUUCCGCCGACACCCAUGCUUCUCUCACGAUGAGCUGCUUUUUACAGCAGCUACCCGAGACACAUCUAUUGCGACCGCGAAGUGGCUCGCUCCUGCACUUGAGCGAACCACUAACCGAGAACUAGGCGAACGGGCAGCAUUCCUCUCUCGCCAUAAGGAAAUUGUGCCUCAUAAUUGCAGGAUUGGCGCCGAGUCUUCGGCGGGUGAUUGUCAACUUAAGUUUAUAGUGGAGGAGGAGGAUCUUCCCGAGGAUGACUAUCAGUGCCAACAGUGCAAGGCUUACGCUUACCUAACUCAGUUCCGCUGCCACAAGUCAGGCAAAACUCUCUGCUUGUCGCACGUGGAAGCCUAUGACUGCUGUGGUGACUCUCUUCCCCAGAAGUUAUUGGGACCGGAUCAUACUCUCCGCUACCGCGUGAGUGACGAAGAACUGAAAGCGGCUGUCCAAAAGGCUCAGGAGCGAGCUAGAGCCCCCGAAAUUUGGGGAGAAAAGCUCGACAAGACCCUAGAGGACGAACCGAAGCCCCAGUUAAAGGCUCUCCAUAACUUGCUCAGUGAAGGUGAGAAAAUCCCGUACCACCUGCCUGGCCUCCAAGACCUUGCGGCUUUCGUCCAGCGUUGCGAUAAAUGGGUUGAGGAAGCAAACAACUACAUUACCCGGAAGCAGCAGAAUCGGAGAAAAAACGAAAAGGCGUGGCGCAGAGCCAGUACCAAGGCUGCGCAGCUGGACGAUCGAGACCGUGAAGUCCGCAGAGUGGAUCACAUCUACGCCCUUCUGGCAGAGGCUGAUAAACUUUCCUUCGACUGUCCACAGAUGGCGGCUUUGGAAGAAAAGACCCGCGAGAUCGAGAAAUUCCGCCAGGACAUUAACGUUGCCCUGAUGAACCCCUCCGUACGAUCCGCCCAGGAGAUUGAGGAUCUUUUGGAAGCCGGCCGCAACUUCAACGUGGAAAUGCCGGAAGUUGAACACCUGGAGCAAAUCCACCGUCAAAAGAAGUGGACCGAAGAGGCCACUGGCAAGCGUGACAAGUACCUUUCCCUCAAGGAUUGCCAGGAAUUCGUUGCCGCGGGUGAGCAGCUUGGUAUUUCCGAUACCAACGAGCAUCUAGUCCAUUUCAAGGAACUCCGCCGUCAUGGUGAAGCCUGGGAAGCCAAGGCCCAAGAACUGAUGUCAGUGGAGGCCGUUCACUACCAGCAAUUGGAGGCGCUCUCCGCGCAAGCAUCCCGUUUCCCUGUUUCCCCAGACACUCUUUCCGCUGUUGAUGCUAUCUUGACCAAACAGCGAGAAGCACAGAAGCGGAUCCAGACCCUGUAUGAAAAGAGCAAAGACAAUGAUCUGAGAAACCGGCCCAGGUACAAGGACGUUCGUGAGCUCACGGAGUCUUUGGAGCAACUUAACAGCCGACCCAUCGGGGCCAUUGAUUUGGAACGCGAACAGAAACGGCACGAGGACUGGAUGCGAAAAGGCAAGAAGCUCUUCGGAAAGGCAAAUGCUCCCCUCCACAUCCUCAAAUCACACAUGGAGUAUGUCGAAAAGCGCAACUCGUACUGUUUCGAUCUUGAAGACAGUUAUCGACCCCCUGUGGAGCCUUCUUCGCGAGACAACAGUCCAGAAGGGCUACUUGAAAACGCCCCAAGUAAUGUGUGGGGCCCCAAGUCGCGGAAGCGAGAUGUGUUCUGCAUUUGCCGACACUCGGAGGCAGGCAUGAUGAUUGAAUGCGAAGUCUGUCAUGAGUGGUAUCAUGGUAAAUGUCUCAAGAUUGCACGAGGCAAAGUCAAGGAGUUCGACAAGUACACUUGCCCUAUCUGCGAUUGGCGACAGAAGAUCCCUCGCGAUGCAGCCCGUCCCAAGUUGGAGGAUCUCCAGGACUGGCACGCAGAGAUUCCCAACCUGCCUUUCCAGCCUGACGAGGAAGAGGUCCUGGACAGCAUUGUCAAUCAAGCUCUCGCCUUCCGUGAUUUCCUGCAGGGCUUCACCAACGCUGCCUGCACCACCACUGAGGAAGUACCUACUUUGAUCUUUUAUUUGCGGAAAAUCGAAGGUGCCGAGGUUCUCUUGACCUACGAGACGAAUUUCUUCCGACAGGAGAUUCACAAAUGGGCUCCUGUUGCGCCCGAACCCCCGCCGAUUCUGGAGCAGUCUUUGUCGACUCGGAAGCCACGCCCGACCAAGCAGCAAAAAAUCAUGGCUCAGCUUGGUGUGGAUCGUCUUGAAGACCUCCCAGAGCACCUGCGUACGAAGCAUAUGAUCUCUACCAAGCGCAAGUCGGUCGAUGCAACUCAAACAACUCCUCGUCCAUCUCUGCAGCCCGCGCCGCCGACCCCAGGCGACAGCCAGCCUCCCACCACUGGGCCUGCCCUGACUCCCAUGGCGGAACCUAGCGCUGCCCCAUAUCCCUUCUCCGCCAAUUACUCCUUACCAGCCAGCGACUCUACUCCGGCCUUUGCACCAACCUCGUCUGCUUUCCUGCCCCAUGCGGCGGCCGCACCAUCAUCUCCGACUUUUCUCCCACGCUCUCCGUCGCCUGCUGGGCAGGGCAUGGAAACCUCUCUCUUCAGUUCCCCGCGCUUUGGCGGCCGCGAGCCUCAGUUCGUCAGCAGCAGUCCGCGUCAGGAUCUGGACGACGUUUUCGCAGACCUUACCAACCAGGAGGACGCUGAGCCCGAUGCCGAGGCCAUGGAGAACCUUCAUGCCACCGAGGCUCUUGAAGCUCUGAAUGCGAGCAACGGCACUAGUCGCGCCGGCUCCGUUCAUGACGAGCCCGCUACUAGUGCUGACGUUCCACCUGCCACUGAACAGGCCGCGGCUAGGAAAGACAACCCGGAGCCAGAGCUCUGA